AUGUCUGUGUAUCAUUCAGAAUUUGUGCCUGCACCAAACACCGUGGGAAAUAUGGCUCUGUUACCUUUACGUACAAAGUUCUGCGGUCCUGCACCUAUGAAUCCAAGUUUAGAGAAAGAUAUUAUUGAUGAAGCACUAUAUUUGUUCAAAUCACUUAUAUUUUUUCGACAAUAUAAACUGAAAAGUGAAGCCGAUCGUGUACUUGUUUACUUGGUUCUGUACAUCCUGGAAUGCUUAAGAAAAUUACAAAAGUGUCCUAACAGAAUUGUUGCAGGAAAAGAAUUGGCUGCUAUGGCUAUCAGCCGUUUUGAUUUACCAGGUGAUCCAGAUUUCCCCCGAGAACUGAACAAUAUGUAUGCUAAACCGAAGAACUCUACAGAAUUGGAAACAAUGCGUGGUUAUCUUACUCAGCUAAGGCAGGAAUUGGGUGUACGCUUAAUAGAUAAAGUGUAUUCUGAUGACAACAGUCCGCCAAACAAGUGGUGGUUGUGCUUUGGUAAACGUCGUUUCCUGGAUCAAUCGCUGACACCUCUAGGAGUUUUCUGA